ACGACAUCGAGUGCUGAGGGAGCUUUUGAUGCGCAAGGCGCCUAGAUUUACUAAUUAGUUGCUUACAAUUAUAUAAAAUGAUUAAAUAAUGUUUUAUCAAGUUCAAUUUGCAGUAAUUAAAAGGCCCCACAUUUCUACGUAAAUUCAACCAAGCGCAGCUACAGCAAUUUAUUGUUGUUGUCGUUGUUCAGCUGUGUGUGAGAUGCAAAUGUGUAAUAUGUUUUUGUUUCUGUUGCGACGCCAAAUUGCAUUUGCGGCCGAUACGCCGCUCGAUCCUUAAAUUGCCGCAUCGGAUACAUCGGCCACAGCCCCACAGUUAACAGUCAAAAGUACUUUCUCACUGAUUUUCUUCAAGUCUUAACAAAACGACCAAUUCCCGAUAGAGACGCGUCCGCUCCGUGCGUUUACCAAUAAUGCAAAUUCAAUGUAUGCCAAUAUUGAAAGUAAUUUUCGUGCUCUCAACAAUUGUCGCAGUCACAGAUUGUUGCGCGAGCCGGAUUUUACUGUUGCGCCAGCAAACGCUGCAGAUUGAGGAGCAUGUAGUCCAGCUGGUCAGCCGAAUGGAGCUACAGCAGGCACUCAAUCUCGAUGGACAGCUCUCUGAACCGGAUACAUUUGGCAACACGGCACAAAUGCCGCAAGAGUCGCUGGAUCUGGCCAUCCACGGCGAAUUGGCAUCAAUUGCGACAACGGAGCAAGACACCAGCACAGAGCCCUGGUCCAGUGAAGUAGAAACGACGACUACGACAAAUUCAACCACAACAAGAACAACAGCAACAACAACAAGAACAAUUGCAAAAUCGACUAUCAAAACGGCAACUGGGGAACCGCCGCCCAAUGACAGCACAGUGCAACUGGCAAGAGAUGCCGCCAUUUCUGAACUUAACGAAGCUCUAAUGACGACGACGGCGACGCUUACGCCGACGACACCGAUAACAACAAAUGGCACUGGUAACCGAACGUUAUCGAAAGAGUUUAACUUUAGGAUUCCCUGCAGCGAAGAAUAUUUAAAGUAUUUCUGCCUGAAUGGCGGCAACUGCUUUCGCUGGGAAAGUUCCAGCGGCUUUAGUUACUGCGAAUGCGCCAAUGGCUAUGGGGGCGAACGGUGCGAUUCAAAGACUGAAAGCGGAGUUUAUGUACCGUUUCGGCCCAGAAAACGGCUGCUAAAGACGGCGCAUGUUGUCUUCUCCUUCCCCAUGCUCAUUCUGCUCUCGACUGUCUACGUUCUGUUCGGCGCCGUGUAUAUGCUGCGCAAUGUCUCUGCGCAGCGGCGCAAGCAACAACAGUUGCACUUGCACAAGCAGCGCUUUUUUGUUAGCUGUUAAAAACAAAUAUCGGGAUCGAGAACGGAAUCGGAAUCGGGGUUGCCAGAUUGCUUUUCCCUCUAUCUUUCAUUUUUCAAUUUGGUUGAAAUAACCAAUUAACGUUAUUAUUGAUUUUUUUUUUUUGAUUUGGAAACGUAUUUUUGUUUCAUGAUUUGUUAUAAAUGCCAAUUGAAGCAUUUUUCUAAGAUUCUUUCUUAACGUUGCGCAACGCUUUAAUUUAUUUAAUUACAUAUAAUUUGUUUAGUAAAUUCUUUGUAUUUAGUUGCAAAAUAAGAGCGCUCUUUGCUUUAGAAGCUUCGUUUUAAGCUUAGUAGAUUUGUUUUGUAGUAACAUUUUGUUACGCUAUUUAGUAUGUAUUUAAUAUUUAAACUUUAGCGUGUAUCACUGUUAUUAUUAUUUUUGUAACACUUU